AUGUAUCGCUUGAAUGGAUUUCCAUACGUACUUAAUAUUUGGGUAUAUGAAUGUGCGUCUGUAAUACAUAACGAGAUAGCUGUUAAAGAAGGAAAUGGUAUACCAAAGGUAUGCAAUUGGAAAGUUGUGGGUUCAAAGCCUAAAUUUGAGAUGUUUAUGGAAAACAUCUUUACUGAGAAUGAUUGUUCUAACGUUCAGCCAAAUCAAGAGGAAAUCAGAUCACUUGAUUUACCAAAUAACAGUCAUGUACCUCCAACUCAACCAGCCACAUCAGAUGUUAAUCAUGAGGAGGUGCAACCAGAUGAGGUUCCUGGAUUUGAAAAGUUUUCAUCAAAACCUCCGGAGCAACUGUUAAGGAGAUCCAUAUGA